UUCAGACAUUUAUGAUCCAUCAAGUGUUGAUCAUGAUAAUCCUGCAGGUAAAUCAAGAAGUUCAGAUGUGAGUUUUAAACAAGCUGAAGAAACACAAAGUGCUACCUCAUGUAAUGCCGCUGAAGAUGGCAUCCCUAACUCCGAUAAAGAAUGUGCCCUGCAAGUUGAAAAAUCUCAGCCUGAAUUUGAGGUUCAUGUACAGGUUUUAGAAGAUGCAGAAAAUACUAUGAAUGCUCAGGUACAGGAGAAGAUGCACAAAAUACUGAGGCGGAAAGUCCAAACAAGAGCAAAAAUCUUGAUGAACAUAAAGAGUCUAAACAACUUAUGGAAGAAGAUAAAAGUGUAAAGGAGGAGGAGAAGAAAAUAGAAUCACAGCCUGCUGCAAAGCCUGAAGAGGAACCACCUAAGAGAAAACGAGGCCGACCUCCAAAGAAGCGUAACCUGUUUUUAUCUACAAACACAGAUGCUGGUCCUUCUGAUCAAGAGAAGAAAGAUGCAGAAUCCAAAAAAUCUGAGGUUACAGAUUCAGAAAGAAGUCCUGGAGCUGUACAGCGAAGAGGAAGGAAAAAGAGGCGUUCACAAAGUUCUGAGAAUGAAGGCUCCGAUCCAGAGAAAAAGCGCAGGAAGACAGAAAAUACAGAAGAGGAUGAGGAAGAGGAUCAAGAUCAGGAGGAUAGUGAUAGUGAAGAUGAAACCCCUAGAGGGGCAACAACAAGAGCUGCAUCCCGUCUGGAAGCCCAGAGUAAACUGCCACACAAGCCAACAACCCGAGCAGCCUCAAAAUUAAACAGCCCUGAAAAACCUUCCUUAGCUGAUAGAAGGCGUAAAAUUAAGUCUCCUGAGUCUAAGACUGGAAAAACAGCAAAGAGGUCAAGCCCACAGCAGACACCACAAACAAGUGGUGCAAAAAGGAGAGAAUCCAGCCCACCAACACCAAGGACUAGAGGACGCCACUCCUCAGGAGAAAUGGCAGGAAAAAGAAUGAAGCGCCAAUGA